GACUGGCUGGCUGGUAUUCCACCCUACCCAUUUUCCUCUUGAGGACAUCCCAUUCCAGGACAUUGCUUUGGCCUUACUUCCCCCCAGCAUGGAGAUGGAACCCACUAAAGUCCCGUCAGAGGGCGGCCUCAAUGUCACCCUCACCAUCCGCCUCCUCAUGCACGGAAAAGAGGUUGGAAGUAUAAUUGGAAAGAAAGGGGAAACAGUAAAGAAGAUGCGUGAAGAGAGUGGAGCCCGAAUCAAUAUUUCCGAGGGUAACUGUCCCGAGAGGAUUGUCACCAUCACUGGACCAACAGACACCAUCUUCAAGGCUUUUGCUAUGAUAGCCUACAAAUUUGAGGAGGACAUCAUCAAUUCCAUGAGCAACAGCCAAGCAACCAGCAAGCCCCCUGUCACCUUGAGGCUCGUCGUGCCAGCCAGCCAGUGUGGCUCUCUCAUAGGUAAAGGAGGCUCCAAAAUCAAAGAAAUGAGAGAGUCCACAGGGGCCCAGGUCCAGGUAGCAGGGGACAUGCUGCCCAACUCCACAGAACGUGCAGUGACAAUCUCCGGAACCCCAGAAGCCAUCAUCCAGUGUGUCAAACAAAUAUGUGUGGUCAUGCUCGAGUCUCCACCAAAAGGUGCCACCAUCCCUUAUCGCCCAAAGCCUGCCUCCACCCCGGUCAUUUUUUCUGGUGGCCAG